AUGAUACAAGACUACCAUUUACAACUUUUACAUGCUGGUACUCAAGUUCUUUUGACUAAUAUUCGUAAAAAUUUUUGGAUAAUAAGAGGAAGAAAAACAAUACAAAGAGUCAUAUCGAAGUGCUUUCGGUGCAAGAGACACUCGGCGAAAGCUCCGGAUACAGUGCCUUGUCCUCGCCCAGAAUAUCGAGUCAGAGAUGCGUAUGCAUUUGAGGUGACAGGUGUUGAUAUAGCAGGACCACUUUAUUUAAAAGAAAAUAGAAAAGUUUGGAUCUUGCUUUUUACCUGUGGAGUUUAUCGAGCGGUUCAUUUAGAAUUAAUUGAAAGCUUAUCGACUAAUGGAUUCUUCAUCGGAUUUCGAAGAUUCAUAGCCCAGCCUAGAGUAGUAUACAGCGACAAUGGCACAUAUUUUGCAGGGACAAGGAAUUUACUCCGAUCUGUUGACUGUAACCAAAUUAUCAAACGUUCUUCGACAAUGAAAGUUCAAUGGAAGUUAAAUCUACCAACCGCAGCAUGGUGGGACGGCUGGUGGGAGAGACUGGUUCACAUGAUCAAGAAAUUAUUGAGAAGAGUCCUGGUAAAAGCAUUAUUUUAA